AUGAUGUCGCCACAAGACAAUCAGAACGAAGUCUUACCUGGCGGCAACGAGGCUAACAUAAAUGAUACCACAGACUCGCCGGAAACUGAAAAUGCAAAUUAUUACACAAAACGGUCGAAGCAUAAUCAUGGCUGGCGCCAUAUUGUGCGGAAUUUCACACCCGCUUGGUUCUCUGUUAAUAUGGGCACCGGGAUCACUUCUAUUCUGCUCAACACUUUACCCUACAAUGGCCGAUGGAUAUACUGGAUAUCAGUGGCAAUUUUUUGUUUGAACAUACUCCUUUUUAUCAUUUUCUUCGCUAUCACCAUCUUGCGAUACGUCCUCUACCCGAAGAUCUUCUAUCUCAUGGUGACUCAUCCUACACAGUCCCUUUUCCUUGGAGCUCUCCCUAUGGGACUUGCCACAAUAAUAAAUAUGAUCUGCUAUGUCUGCGUACCAGUCUGGGGAGAUUGGACUGUUUACUUUGCCUGGGCUCUGUGGAUUGCAGAUGUCGUUAUAUCUAUCAUGACGUGCUUCGGGAUACCAUUUAUUGUGAUGACUCGAACAGCUGACGUCAAGCUACAAGCGAUGGGCGCCGCUUGGCUGCUUCCCAUUGUGUCUUGCGUCGUUGCGGCGGCGUCAGGAGGUAUUGUGGCUGAUCUACUCCCAGAUCCUCAGUAUGCUCUAGGGACUAUCAUCGUGAGCUAUGUUUUAUGGGGAAUUGGAGUGCCCCUGGCCAUGAUGAUCAUUGUCAUUUAUUUAAUGCGCCUCAUGCUAUACAAACUACCACAGAAAGCAGUAAUUGUUAGCACAUUCUUACCUCUGGGUCCUCUGGGUCAAGGGGGCUUUGGAAUUCAAAAGUUGGGGGUGGCCGCACAAAAGGUUUUCCCACUUACAGGAACGUUGAGGUCCGGAUCAGGCGAUACUUUAUACGACAUCGGCUUCCUAAUGGGUCUUCUCCUGUGGUCGUUUGGUUGUAUAUGGCUGUUCUUUGCAGUGGCAGCCAUUAUUCGGUCGAAGAAAUUCCCAUUCAAUCUCGGAUGGUGGGCAUUCACCUUCCCGCUCGGCGUCUUUGCAACCUGCACCAACCAACUAGGCCAAGAAAUGCCGUCCAGGUUCUUCAGAGUCCUAGGCACAAUACUAUCCGUUUGUGUUCUACUAUUAUGGAUUGUGGUAUCGCUAUUUACCGUGAAGGGCAUGUUCAAUCGCAGUCUAUUCGUGGCACCCUGUCUGGGUGACCUCCAGGAGUAUGAGCCUAAGAAGUUUCAGAAAGUGAAGCAAGGAUCAAAGGCAUAG